AUGGGAGACCAGACCUACCCUCCGCUCAACGAGCGUCCCAUUGCCAACACCAUCUGCCUCUUCGACGUUGACGGCACCCUGACACUCGCCCGUCGCUCCGCCACCCCGGAGAUGCUCUCGCUGCUCUCAGAGCUUCGCAAGAAAGUCGCCAUCGGUUACGUCGGCGGGUCCGACCUAGCCAAGCAGCAAGAGCAGCUCGGGUCCGCCGACGUGCCCGUCACCACGCUCUUCGACUUCUGCUUCGCCGAGAACGGGCUCACGGCCUUCAAGUCCGGCGCGCCGCUCGCCUCGACCUCGUUCAUCCAGUGGCUCGGCGAGCCCAAAUACAAGACCCUGGUGAACUUCAUCCUGCAUUAUAUCGCCGAUCUGGAUAUCCCCGUGAAGCGGGGCACGUUCGUCGAGUUCCGUAAUGGCAUGAUUAAUGUUAGUCCCAUUGGCAGGAACGCGACGGUCGAGGAGCGGAACGAGUAUGAGCGCUAUGAUAAGGAGCACAAGAUCCGCGAGAAGUUCGUCGAGGUCUUGAGGGAGAAGUUCGCUGAUCUGGGCUUGACAUACUCGAUCGGUGGCCAGAUCUCUUUCGAUGUCUUCCCUGCGGGCUGGGAUAAGACAUACUGUCUGCAGCACCUGGAGAACGAGGCGAAACAGCCGGGCGGGGUACAAUACACCACUAUCCACUUCUUUGGCGACAAGACGUACAAGGGGGGUAAUGAUUACGAGAUUUAUGAGGACCCGAGAACCAUUGGGCACUCCGUCACGAACCCAGACGAUACAGCAGCUGAGCUGAAAAAGUUGUUCAAUCUCUGA